AUGACUUCCAGCAGCCUUGUACAUCCUUAUUUGAGACAAACAUUCUCUGCAUGGCGUUCUAGAGAUAUUGUUUUUGGCGUUUUUCAGGAUCACAUCAUGGCUGAAGAAUUUUUCAAUACGUUCUACAAUGCAUUUACCUCGGAUACAGUGGAUGCUUCAAAGGUUACACCCAAAGCAAUAACAAAAACCAUCAAAGACAACAUUAAACAUGACAACUUUUAUGGAACCUAUUCAAAACCUCCGAAGUUGGAUAACAUUGAGGAUUAUGUUUGGUGGAAGGAGAGCCUAGUAAAUGACAAAGGAGAAGAAAUUCUGAUCAAAGAUUUUUCAGAGGAAGACAAAAAGAAAUUUUCAUACGAACAGAAGAUGAUUGCUUUGAUCCAGCAAUCAGUUCGAGAUGACAUUUUUUCUUUGUUAAUACAUGAUGGGUCAUCGAAGUCUGUGUGGAAAGAUUUGAAGGCGAAAGCUAAGGGGGAGAAAAUUGAAAGUCAUGAUCUGGAAUUGCAAAAGCAAAGCAAGAUGAGCAGUUCAUCGCAUCAUCAGAAUGUUGGUCUAUACUAUAAAGGCAAUUUACCUUCGGUGAAAGCUGAUAGUUCACCAAAGACAACAUUCAGUGGUGAGAAGAUGAAGGAACCACAAACAACCUCAUCAAAUUAUCAUUCUGGAUAUGAUUCAUCUUCAAAAUCAAGUUCUGAUGAAGCAGAGGAUAUUAUUAAAGAAGAACCAAAGAUGAUCGAAAAUAUUCCAAAAGAGAAGUCCAGAGCUUAUGCAGUAAUUCAUGACGAUGAAGGUUUUGACUGGAGUCAGAUUCUUCCAGAUGAAGAUCGUCCUGUAACAGCUCAUGGCAGAAAAGCAUCAAAAGCCCAGCAUCAUGUUCUUGUCGCUGAAAUUCGUGAAGAAAACAAAGAAAAAGAUACAGAGAUAAAAGAGAAAACUCGAGAAGAGAUUCUAAGUGAGAAAACUGAGAGAGAAAGAUUCAUUGUGGGGUGCAGAAUGGAGAAAAUGCAGGAAGAAUAUGAGAAUGUUGUUGCGAACAAAAGAUGGGAUAAGAAACAAGAAUGUUAUGUCAACAAACAAGGUGAACCAGUUGUUCCAAGAAGUGACAUAGUUCAUGAUGAUGUUCUACUUGUUAUUUCUCGAUCCGGCGAAUAUUAUUCUAGUGUUGCAAAAGACAAGACAUAUGUAAAAAGGCUAGAUAAAAUCAUCAGGGAUGCUAUGACAACAAAACUGAGGAAGAGGAAUAAAGAAAGAAUGAAGAAGAACAUUGAGAAUUUAGUUGAGGAUUUGAAGAAAGCUGCUGAGGAAGUAAAGGUUGAAAAGGUGAAAGAGGAAGAUUUGAAAGUUGUUGAGACAGAAAAGGUUGAAGAAAAAGAGAAGGUUGUUGAGAAAGAAGCUGUUAUUGAAGAACAGCAAGUUGAAGAAGUCAAGAAGGAGAAGGAAAAUUCGAUAGAAGUGAAGGUUGAAAGUUCAACAGAUGUUGCUGGUGAUGUUGGUGAUGAGAAGCAGCAGAAAGAAGCUGAUCAGACAGAAACAGAAGCAAACACUAAGGUGCCAAUCACUGAGAAAAAUUUGAAUUUUGGUGGUAACCCUGUGGAGCCCCCUUCAAAGCCUGCUGCAGAGGAACCUGCUAAGGUGACCGAGAAGGUAGAUGAUGCUGGUGCUUCAAAGGAUGCUGGUGGCGAUGCUGGGACGAAUGCUGGAGAGGAUGCUGGAAGGGAUGCCGGAGAAGAUUUUGAUGAUGAAGUCAUGAUGGAAGAGGGUGCUACCCCUUAA